AUGGGGACAGCCCACACGAGCAAGCGUCCCCCCCUCAAGUACCACCUUGCCUUUUGCACUACGCAGGUGAUUCGUCAUGGCGAGAAGCCCGGGGGAAAGAAACAUCAUGGUCUCUCACCAGCAGGCAAACGUCGCGCGCAAUGCCUCAAGCGAGUGUUUGGAUCGGGAGACCUAAAGGCGCAAUACGCUAUGGCUCCGGCAUACAAGCGUUCGGGAGCUCGUCGUCGUGCUUAUGAUACCCUCAAGCCCUUGUCAAGGUACACUGGCAUGCCGCUCGACACGUCUUGUCAGCGUGACGAUUCUUCGUGCGUUCACAAAGUGCUGGAGCGCGAGACUUCAAAGGGGAACAAUGUGGUGGUAGCAUGGCAGCACACUGCCAUCUCUUCCCUAGUACGCGGGCUUGGCGUUAAAGGCUUGGUGUGGGACAAGAAGCGCUACGACAUGAUCAUUCAUAUCAAGAAGGGCAAGGUGCAUCGUAUCGAUUCGGAAGAGUGCGAAGGGCUGGACAAGCGUUGGCUGCAUUGGCAUGCCAAGAAGGGCAACGGCAAAGGAAAAGGCGGUCAGUAUGGACGCAUUGUCGAUGACGAAUCAUGGGCAGAAGGUGCUGGCGAGGAUCAAAUACCGCUCGCUACCAAGGGCGCUUCUUUCGCAUCGAGCUUUGUAGCUUAUGACGAGGACGAUAACGCGGAGGAAGAUUUGGAAGAGGACGUUGAUCUGGACGACGUCUUUGGCCGACAAUCUCUAGGCUCCGCCAUGACCAACUGGUUCGGCAUGCGCUGA